AUGCUUCACACAUUUCUGCUCAUCUGGCUUGCUGUUCAGACGUUCCAGCCGGUAACAGCUUAUAAUCUCGUUAUAGACACCCAGCGAAAAGGAAUCAACUCAUACUUCCAAAGUCUUCGAAAGGAUUAUGAACAUUUACUGGAAGGCUACGAAAUACCCACAGUUAGCAAGAAACGAUUUCUGGGUAAGAUAGAACUUACCGAAAUCACCGUACAAAAUGUGGCCGUGGAAUCAACCACAGAUAUUGUAGCAGAAACUGAUCAUUACUUGAAGGUGAGUAGCUGUUGUUGUCCUUAGCG